AAACAACUAAAAUUGUAAUCAACAGUGUUCCGAUUAUCCCGAAAAGUGCGAAGUGUGAUUGAAUAAAAUAAUAGAACCAUCUUGCUGAUAGUGCGAUCAACAACGCCUCGUCAAAAUGCCACGAAUUAUGAUAAAGGGCGGUGUUUGGCGGAACACAGAGGAUGAAAUCCUCAAAGCCGCCGUCAUGAAAUAUGGCAAAAACCAGUGGUCCCGUAUUGCGUCGCUUCUGCACCGGAAGUCAGCAAAACAGUGCAAAGCUCGCUGGUACGAGUGGCUUGAUCCGAGCAUCAAAAAGACAGAAUGGUCUCGGGAGGAAGAUGAAAAGCUGCUCCAUCUGGCCAAGCUAAUGCCAACCCAAUGGCGCACGAUUGCACCGAUCAUAGGCCGUACGGCGGCGCAAUGUUUGGAGCGGUACGAGUAUCUUCUCGAUCAGGCCCAGCGGAAGGAGGAGGGCGAAGAUGGGAUGGAUGAUCCACGCAAGUUGAAGCCCGGCGAGAUCGAUCCCAACCCGGAAACGAAACCGGCCCGUCCAGAUCCGAAGGACAUGGACGAAGACGAGCUGGAGAUGCUUUCUGAGGCUCGUGCCCGUCUGGCCAAUACGCAGGGUAAGAAGGCAAAGCGAAAGGCCCGUGAAAAGCAGCUGGAAGAGGCUCGCCGUCUAGCGGCUUUACAGAAGCGGCGGGAACUUCGUGCGGCCGGAAUCGGUGGAGGCAAUCGAAAGCGUAAGCUGAAGGGAAUAGAUUACAACUCGGAGAUUCCGUUCGAGAAAACACCGGCUCCUGGUUUUUACGAUACGGUCGAUGAGUUUGUAGUGCCGAUUGCGGCCGACUUCUCCAGCUUGCGUCAACAGAGCCUCGAUGGGGAGCUGCGCACGGAAAAGGAAGCACGCGAGCGCAAGAAGGAUAAGGAAAAGCUUAAACAAAGGAAGGAAAACGAUGUGCCAACGGCUUUGUUGCAAAACCAGGAGCCGGCUAAAAAACGUUCGAAACUGGUUCUCCCGGAACCACAGAUUUCCGAUCAGGAGCUCCAGCAAGUCGUUAAGCUUGGUCGUGCUAGUGAGAUUGCCAAGGAGGUGGCAUCGGAAAGUGGCGUUGAAACAACCGAUGCGUUGCUUGCAGACUACAGCAUUACGCCACAGGUUGCGGCUACUCCGCGCACUCCUGCACCGGUGACGGAUCGCAUUUUGCAAGAAGCUCAAAACAUGAUGGCCCUGACGCACGUGGAAACACCGUUGAAAGGUGGCGUGAAUACACCACUCCAUCAGUCGGACUUUUCCGGGGUUCUCCCGCAAAGUCAGGUAGUCGCUACACCGAAUACGGUGCUAGCUACUCCGUUCCGCUCGGUGCGUGGGCCGGAUGGCGCUGCUACUCCUGGAGGUUUUUUGACUCCCGCUUCAGGAGCGAUGGUUCCGGUUGGAGGCUCGGCCACGCAACCGCAUGCACCCGGAGCAACCCCGAAUUUCCUUCGCGACAAGCUCAACAUUAACACCGAAGACGGUUUGAGUGUGGCGGAAACACCGGCCGCUUACAAAUCCUAUCAGAAACAGCUAAAAUCGUCCCUGAAGGAAGGUUUGGCAUCACUUCCCACGCCAAGGAAUGACUACGAGAUCGUUGUACCUGAUAACGAAACGGACGAAGCGGCCGAUGAUGGUACGAUGGACAUGGAACAGAUGGUGCCCGAUCAGGCGGACGUAGAUGAAAAGCGGAAGCGUAACAAACUCGCACAGGAAGCGAAGGAACUCUCGCUGCGCUCACAAGUCAUCCAGCGCGAUUUGCCUCGUCCACUGGACAUUAACACGACGGUGUUGAGGCCAUCAAAUGAAAUGCAUGGGUUAACGGAUCUGCAAAAGGCGGAAGAGUUGGUCAAGCAGGAGAUGGUAAAAAUGCUCAAUUAUGAUGCUUAUCGCAAUCCAAUUCAGCACACGCAGGUUCUUCCCUCAAAGCGCCCUCCGUUGAGUCAGUACCAGGCGUACCUGGAGCAACAUCCGUACGAGAAUAUUGACGAGACCGAGCUGAACGAAGCACGCAAGAUGUUGGCCGCGGAAAUGGGUGUAGUGAAGCAGGGUAUGGCCCACGGCGACCUUUCGCUGGAAAGUUACACGCAGGUGUGGCAAGAAUGUUUGUCCCAGGUACUCUAUCUUCCCAGCCAAAACCGGUACACGCGUGCCAAUCUGGCCAGCAAGAAAGAUCGCAUCGAGUCGGCAGAAAAACGACUCGAAAUCAAUCGCAAGCACAUGGCCAAGGAAGCGAAGCGGUGCGGCAAGAUUGAGAAAAAGCUGAAGAUCCUCACGGCCGGGUAUCAGGCAAGAGCGCAAGCCCUGAUCAAGCAGUUCCAGGACACAAACGAACAAAUCGAGCAGAACUGUUUGGCACUUUCGACGUUCAAGUUUUUGGCCGCCCAGGAAGAUCUGGCCAUUCCGAAACGCUUGGAGUCGCUGACGGAGGACGUGAUGCGACAAACAGAGCGCGAAAAAACCUUACAGGGUCGGUACGCUCAAUUGAACGAGGAGCUGGAGGAUCUAAACCGUCGGUUGGAAGAGACAUCGGUCAACGGCGUAAUGAACGGCAAUGACGAAAACGGGGCACCCAUGGUGAAUGGUCGGAUCGAACAUACCUCGGAGGACGACGAAGGGGGGGAAGAUACUGCCUCGGAGGCGCCACCGGUGGAAAACGUGGCGGCGAUUGACGAACAAGAAGACGAAGAGCAGGAGGAACAAGAACGAAGUGAUGAGGGAGAUUCAGAAGAGAAAAAUCGAGACAGUGACGAUGCGGAUGAGAACAGCUCUGAUACCCAAGAGCAUCAGCCACAAGAAGAAGUUGAAAGGAUGGACGAGGGCGGUGGAGAAGAAGAAGAAAGUGACGAAGAAAGUGGUAGCGAUGAUCAGGAAUAAGUAAU